AUGAGUCCCCCCGGCAUAAACCAGUCCAAUCUUCCAUCUCGAGAAUACCGAAUUGCUAGCGAAUCUCGAAUUGCAAGAAUAAAUGAGUUAUACAACAGAAGCCAAAGACAGCAGAAACACAGAGACUCUAUAAUAUCAGACAACUCAACAUCUGUACCCUAUAUACAGGAUGAAGACGACUGUCAACCAUUGGCAUAUCUGGCGCCGAACAGAGUACGGCGCGCGCCUGUGGCUCCUCCAGAUUCCGAGACAAUAAAACCUGCACCUGUGAAAAACCCAUUCCGCCCAAAACCAACCGAAGAGAGACCCUUUUCUGAAGACGACGUGGAGAGGGAGCUUCAAUUUACUCCAAAGCUGAUGUCAAGAAGGAGUAUCGUGUCUUCCAGAACUCCGAGCCACGGCACACCUCUGCGGAGGGAAGGCCCCGAGGACAUAGUACCCGACACGCCCGUACAAUUGCCCAUAUGGUUUUCCAAACAGGUAGUUCCAGAUUUCAAUAACACAAACCGAGCCGCUAGAAGGCGGGAAGCGUUCAAAGAACUGAAGCAAAAGCUUGGAAAGCCGCUUCCAUUAGGCUACCUAAGUGACUUUCAAGAUGAGGCUUCGCGAUCUACCAAGAAAAAUGUAGAGGAGCGACGAAAACGUAUGCUCUCUAGCAAAGGGCGUGACAUAUCCUGGCAUGAUACCAGGUCACUAUCUGACGAAAGCUCAGGCAUUCACAGCCCCCAUACAAGCGCAUCAUCUGGAGACUUUAUCGCAGGCGAACUCAGUGCAACUAGUACCGAUGACGGCUUCCACCAAAACAUAAGUGAAGGCCUCAGGACAAACAGCGAGAAACUCGACCAAAUUAUGGUUCUCUUGGAAACAAGGAAAAAAGCUGCUUCUAAACGAGAAUGCUUGGCUUGGAUCUUUUGUAUUAUAGUUCUUAUCGCACUCAAUUUAUAUCUGAGUAAUUUGUAA